AUGGCGUCAAUAGGGAUAAUGACGGCGCCGCCUGCACUGCCAGGAGGCAAGAAACUAGUUUGUCGAGUAUGUCAAAAAGCAUUCUCCAAGGCCGAACACUUGAGGAGACAUGAGCGCUGCCACACGGGAUCUAAACCAUACAUCUGUAAAGAGUGCCGAAGGCCCUUUGCCCGACAAGAUGCUCUUACUCGGCAUGAGAAGCUGCACGUUCGUGCUAUAAAUGCAAAGAAUGACUAUUCGGAGGCCCACUUACCGCCGCAGCCUACCUCUUUCAAUUCUCUCCCUUCUUGGGACACGAGGAGUGCUUCCACUGUUGAUCCGGUGUCAACUUCAGCAACAAGUCAUUCCUUGGAGGAGUCCCACUCCGGCGAUCAUGCGAGUAUGCAUAAUGUCGACUCGGAGUUGGACUUUGCGUUGGUUUGGCCUGAUUCGGAAAACUUGUUUCAGAGCUUAAUGUCCUCGGAUACGACAGAUUGGCAGAUUCCGCUUGGUACCUUGCCUUUUCCACCUGUCGUGCAGGAUAUGAAUGGCAUGGAUUUUGGGUCCCCGAAUUCAUUCGAUGACCGUAGGUCUUCUGUUGGGGCGAUACUGUCCGGUGGAGGGCAUCAAGCAGUGCGAGAUGUCACAGAGAUGGUCACGAGCUCGUCAUCGAGUGUUACGGCCGCCGUCAAAUCCAUGUCCAUCACCUCGGUCUUCCUCGACGAGUGUCUCCACAUGUUCUUCGCCCGCUUCAUUCCCACAUUCCCAAUAUUGCAUCGUGCAACUUUUGUUUUCCGAGAAUGCACGCAUGCUCUCCUCCUUAAUGCCAUCGCCAUUGGCUCUUUGUACCUAGGCCCCAAGGACUCGGUUUUAAAAGGCGAAGCCCUAUGGCACCUAGCACAUACCGCAAUUUCAACUUCAUGGCAGUCUCUGAUCACACACAAUGGACCCUAUGAUGCCUGCAAGGGAGUUCAGUUGAUGAUCACAGCACUACUGGGUCAGAUCUAUGGGGCGCUAUCCAAGAACCGGGCAAUUAGAACCACCAGCCAAGUAUUCCAUCCACUGGGCUUCUUAUGGGCAAGACACUGCGGGAUGUACGACAGCGAGCCAUACUCAAUGGACAACUUGCCCUCGAUGGAUGCUCCCGCUGCAGAAAAAGAACACCAGUGGCGAAUCUGGGCUGCGCGGGAGAUCCAGCAACGCACCCUGUUAGCCUACUACGUCUUGGACGGGCUCGUGGAUCAAACUUCCAGCGAUGGUGCCUCCUCUCGUCAUGUGGGAAACCCCCUCACCCUCCCAAGUAGCGAGGAAGCCUUUGAUGCCGGCACUGCCGAUGAAUGGUUGGCCCACAUGCACCCCCAAGAACCAGAUCAGUCCUCAUUUAGGACAAUUUUCCGCUCCCUUUUCCCACCGGUGGGGAGCUUCCGGACUCUAGAGUACCAUUUCUCUGCCUUCGCACUGCGUGUGGUGCUAGAAGGGCUCCAGUCCUUGAUCUCCGAUUUUGAUGACAAUGAACUAGCCGUAGGAGUUCCUAGCCAAUCUGACGUCCGCCGAGCUUUAGCUCAAGUCCACGAGACAAUAUCCAUGAGCAUUCACUUCACCGCAGCAGAGAGACUCGAAAUUCUCCUGCGUUGGCACACAGUCUGCCUAGAUACAAUGAUCAACUCGACCGUCCUCUCCCGCCACGUCUGCUCGCGCUACAACAUCAUCCAACACAUCUCCGGUGGAUGUGGAACCGUCCGCCCGGGCUUUGAUCUAAUCAAAUGGGCUAAUUCAGAAGACGCGCGGCGGGCCGUCCUCCAUGCGGUCGCCAUUCAAGAUAUCGUGGAGCAAUUACCACGUGGCCGCGCGCAUGUCGUGCAUAUGCCUAGCUCCCUGUUUGCAGCAGCGACAAUAUACGUUGUCCUUUCACUCGCAGGAGUCGCCACUGUGAAUUUACCUCGCAACAUCGUUUGGCAAGAUGCAUUGCUAUCGCAUUCGGAUCUCAACCUGGGUGACGAGGAUAUCCGACCUCGAUCUGGCUCGGAGACAAAGCGCUUUGUCGAGAAUGUAAAUAGCUCUUCCUCUCUUCCACUUCCUAUUGGUGGCGUUGUCAGGAAUCUGCUUUACGAGCUCAACUCUAUGCAAAAGCUUUUCCGGUGCUUGUCUUCACAGUGGGGUAUUGCGCAUGACAUGGAGGAUAUUAUUGCACAAUGGAUUCAGCUUUGCCAUUAG